UGAUUUUUUUCAAAAAAUAAAGUUAAUGAUAAAUUUACAGUGUUCAAAAUGAUGAGAAAAAGUUUACUAAUGAGCACGCUUAAUGCUGUGGAGCAAGUGGAGUUUGUCUUCGAGCAGACACUGCGUACUAUCGAUGAGAUAAAUCAUCGUUAUAAUAUUGUCUCGGGUCUAAAGAGAAAAGCUGACAAGCGACAGCAGUCCUACGAAUCGGAAAUACUGGCGGCCAUCACAGAGCCAACAUUCACCAAGAUCUCCAAUCGCCAGAAGAAGCGUAAAAAGAGGAAGAAAUGUAAAAAGAGAACUGCGAAAAAAUCACAAACUAUGGAGACCCAGAAAAAAAAGACUGAAGAUCAGGAUAUACACAAGCAGAAAAAGUUUGAUGACAGUUUCAUUUGUAGAUAUGACAAUAGAAGGUACUUUGACACAGAGUCCAUUGUUCAAAUGGACUGGGAAGAGUUUGGAAAUGACUGGAAUUGCAGCUCGGAGAACUCUGAUGAAACAGACAAGAAUCUUUGCUCCGGUAAUACCCAUUACUGUUCCUCAUGUCGUUGUACAACUAUUUAUUUUAACUUGACUUCCUAAAAUUUGUUUGGUUUGUUUGUAAA